AUGGCAGGACCCUCCAGCUUCGCCGCCAGGCGCAAGGUCAAGGGCGUGCAGCUCACCAUCAUGGUCGUCGGCCAGUCCGGCACCGGCCGCACGACUUUCGUGAACACGCUGUGCGAGCAGCCACUCAUCCAGCACCAGCAGCCGGUUGCGCCGGAGGAGGCUCACCUCGAGUCGGGCAUCCGCAUCAACCCUGUCCAAGUCGAGCUCGAGGAGGACGGCGUUCGCGUCUCGCUCACCGUCGUCGACACGCCUGGCUUUGGCGACCAGAUUGACAACGAGUUCACCUUCAACGAGAUCAUGGGUUACCUCGAGCGGCAGUACGACGACAUCCUUGCCGAGGAGAGCAGGAUCAAGCGUAACCCUCGCUUCCGCGACAACCGCGUUCACGCUCUCCUCUACUUCAUCACGCCUACCGGUCACGCCCUCCGCGAACUCGACAUCGAGCUCAUGCGCCGCCUCGCUCCUCGCGUCAAUGUCAUCCCCGUCAUCGGCAAGGCCGAUUCGCUCACCCCGAGCGAGUUGCACGACUUCAAGCGCCGCGUGAUGGAGGACAUCGAGUACUACAGCAUCCCCAUUUACAACUUCCCCUACGACGCCGAGGAGGACGACGAGGACACGAUCCAGGAGAACAGCGAGCUCAGGGCGCUCAUGCCUUUCGCCAUCGUCGGAUCCGAGGAGGAAGUCGAGGUUAACGGCCAGCCCGUCCGCGCGAGGCGGUAUCCGUGGGGCAUCGUCGAGGUCGACAACCCUCAGCACAGCGACUUCCAGCGCCUUCGUACCGCUCUUCUCCAGACCCACCUCCACGACGUCAAGGAGAUCACGCACGACUUCCUCUACGAGACGUUCCGAUCUGAAAAGCUGUCUCGCAGCCUCGUCGGCGACUCAAUGGGCGCCGGGUACGGAGCAGGCCAGGACGCGAGCGUCAACCCCGAGGACUUGGCGACGCAGAGCGUGCGCAUCAAGGAGGAGCAGCUCAAACGCGAGGAGGACAAGCUGCGCGAGCUCGAGCUCCGCACUCAGCGCGAACUUGCCGAGCGCAGGCAAGAGCUUCUCGCGAAGGAAGAGCUCCUCCGCUCGCUCGAGGCUCGCCUCGCCGACGCGCAGCACUCGAACUCGUCGACUCCGCUCCCUCCCUCUCAGCCUCAGUCGCCCAUCCCGCAGCAAGGCCAGCCGCACCCCGUUCUCACGCCUCACGGUGGCGCACCGACCAACGGAUUGCAGUAG